ACCAGGUAUUCCUCUUCCCCAUGUAGCCGAAGAACCCCGCGGACAAGCUUAUGACAUAUUAGAGGAGUUCCGGGAGGGGCAAUCCCGCAGAUCCACAGUACAAUCCUCCCACCUCUCCCAUCAUUGGCAGCCUCGGCCGGUCCGCAACUACUCGUCGUUUGCCGGAGGGUACCCGCAAGACAACGGGAUGGGCCACCGGGGUCUGUCCCCGUCCCCGUCCCCUCCCGGCAGUGAGGUCGUGACCGUGUUCGAUGAUCAACCUGCUCGGACGGCAAAGUGCGAUGUGUGCGAUGGCCGCAACACAUCUGGCAUGAGCAGAUGUACGGUGUGCAAGUGGCAGUGCUGUCACAAUUGUACCAUCCGCAAUGGACUUCGCCGAUCUCACAUUGCCGGGAACGUAGUGCAUGUGGCGCCGAUCACGCGGGAGGAACUAUUACAGAGCAGCACGGAAGCCAGUAGGGCGACACGCAGAACAAAGAGAAAGAAGAAAACGAAAAAGGUGGGUGGUGGUGGUGGUGCAAGGGCGAGUGCGAAUGCGAGGAACAACCGCGAUUUGGAUUCAGUGGGAACAGCCACCGAAGCAAGGUACAACGUGGAGGCAAGUGCUGGUAACUAUAAGUCGUUCGUCGAUGGGGAGGUGAUAGUGCGAGACUUCGGAGCAGUGCCGGAAGCAGAAGGUACGGCGAACAUCCCCGCUGGCAGGAACUACAACCGCCGCGAGCCCAUCGCUCAAGGCGAACUGCAGCCCAUUCGCACAUUUCCCAAACCCAAGCAGGGCCAGCAAUUUGUCAGUGCAGCGCAUCCUCGCUACAGCCACGAGCUCAUUUGGGGUCCACCGGCUGGCAUCGAUGACGCCUUCACCCACAACGCAGAUCGUUUUCACCUCCCAGCCACUCCACCUGGUAGACCCGAUUACAAUGAUCAGGAGCUGAAGGAUGCGGAGGAGCUUCUUGCCUUCUCAACCGCGGCGACAGCGAUAGAAGCAGUAGAGCGAGCCGGAGGUAUUCCAGAUAAAGGUCGCAUUAUCGAAGACGCGAGCGCAUUGGCCGAGCAGGAAGUUAAGGAGUACAAGCAGGGCCGUGCGUUGGAAAUUCUCAGGAGUAUGAAUCCGAACCAGCAUCAGGAACUCGCGAAGCACGAUGCUCUGCAGGUCGAAGCGGAAGGUACUGUGGCAGCCCGCACUGCUGCGCGUCUCAGCCACUUUCCUGGUUCCAGUCGCUAAGCACUCACGUCUUUCCCCUCAACGUCACCUAUAGAUUGGAGAAGCAGCCGUGGCCGAGCAUGCUAGAUCUAAUCUUUCGAUACUAGAGCUGAAUCUUAAAAAGUUUCUUGUUGGCAAGGGUGUUGCUUUUGAUCGGAGAUGGAACGGCUCGGGGAUGAUAAAGCGGCUGAUGUGGGACGAGAUAUUAUGGGGGUUUUUAGCUGCGUACGUUAGGUUCUCAGGUUCAUCCUGCAAAG